AAGUUGGCUUUCCUGUUAGCCGUCCUUACUCCCAAGUUUAUCUGGAUGGCACUUGUGCUCGUCCCCGGGAAAAAGCAAGCGUCUUAAACAGAAAGUUUGCUGCGGCUAAUAUCGCUUUUAAGAAGUUAUUUGGAGUAGAGGAGAAUAAAGAUUUGCUUAUUUCGCUCGUAAACUCCAUUGUUUCCGAAGAAGAUCAAGUUACAGAACUUACUUUAUUAAAUCCCUACAAUCCCAAAAAUUUUUUGCAAGACAAAUUAUCUAUUUUAGAUAUCAAGGCCAAAAAUAAAGCCGGAAAAAGAUUUAAUAUUGAAAUUCAAAUUAGUGAUGAAGCCGAUUACGAUAAAAGAGCCUUAUAUUACUGA